CUCCUUUUUCUUGAACAUGCAAGUGGCACUUGUGGAUCUGAAUGCAGAUACAGGCAAAGUCAGCAAAGAUGCCUUUGAUAAGCAGUAUGAUCCACAGAGGACUAUCUUCAUUCCUUGUGAUGUUUCAAAUGAAGAAAAACUUAAAGAUGCAUUUAAGAAAACAAUUCAACAUUUUGGAAAUCUGGAUAUUCUGGUAAAUAAUGCUGGAGUGAAUGAUGAAAUGAACUGGGAAAACACAGUUCAAAUCAACUUGGUAAGUCUAAUACAUACUAUAUAUUUAAAAUAAAAAAGAGGUGUAAUUAAAAAUCUAGGGGAAAAUGUUACAUUUUUGUGGGUAAUUUUUUUUACUUCCAAGUAUAUAUAAAACUAAUAAUAAUUAGAUUAAUUUUUCUGCAAGCAUAUGUUUCUUAAACAACUUUUGAAUUUGAAUGUCUUAAGAACUGGUGAAUAUGAUUAUAUUAUCCAAGCUUCCUAAACUCUUCGUUUUCAUGUAGAAACCUAUUGAAAACUAUUCUAGAGUUGGAUUAACAAAUCUGAUCACUUUUUAUUAAUAUGAAAUUAAGGUGCUGGUAAAUCAGUUUGACCUUAUUUCACUAGGAAAAACAAUUUAAGAAAUAUGCUCAGGUCAUCUUGGCUUCUGACUCUAAACCAACAAGCUCACCUAGCUCCUGUGUAUUUUCUAUUUUUUUUCUUUUUUCCUUUUUUGUUAGAACUAGAAAAGAUUGGAUUUCUGAAUGAGUAAAGCCAAGUAUACCUUUUCUUCUCAUUUCUGAACCUGACCAGGAUAAGUUUGCAAUUGUCCUAAAUCCAUAUUUCUGAAUCAUGUUAUGCUGAAUGUAAUUUUAAUGAAGUGUGUGUAUAUGUGUAUGUGUGUGUGUGGCGAGAGAGAGGAAGGGGGAGAGAGAGAGAGAUUAUACUAAACUGUAAUCAAACUUAAUAAUUAUUAGUAUUAAUAAUUAAUUAUUUAUUAUUUCUCUCCUGAAUAGUUAUAAAAAUGCAUAUACAAAAACAUAUUUAGGUUUAUGAUUACGUAGAAGUGAUUUUGUGUGUGUGUAUGUGUGUGUGUACAUAUAUAU